GUUGUCAGUCAGGGGGCGCCGAGGACACUGCUGCUAGCCUACUUGAAACAUAUCGCUGUUUUCAACCGGCAAUGGUGGAUGGGUGAAAAGGCACGAGCUGCAAGUUUCGAUUCUACGCCCUGACGCUGAUACAACAUUAGAAGAAUUAUGGACGAAUUAAAACACCAAGUCAUGAUUAAUCAGUUUGUUCUAACUGCUGGUUGUGCGGCAGACCAAGCAAAGCAGCUUUUACAAGCGGCACAUUGGCAGUUUGAGACUGCUCUUAGCACAUUCUUUCAAGAAACGAAUAUACCGUACAAUCACCACCAAAUGAUGUGCACUCCGGCGAACACGCCAGCGACGCCCCCCAACUUCCCGGACGCGCUCACCAUGUUCUCUCGCCUCAAGGCCUCGGAGAGCUUCUCCUCGGCCGGCAGCCCGCGCGGCGGCUCCAUGUCCUCCAUGAUGGCCACCUCCCCGCCGCCGCCGCCUCAGGUCAACUGGGCCAUGAGCCCCCCGGCAGCACCCGUUCCCCAGGGCCUGUGGACCUCAGCCGGGCCUUGCGCCCCCCAGGCAGGCCCGCCGGGAUGGCCCACCUCCGCCUCCGCAGCCGCAGCAGCCGCAGCAGCAGCCGCCACACAAGCCUGCCCAGGGCAGAUGGUCUCCAUGGCGAUGGAGGCGGAGAGAUGAGGGGGGCCCCGGGGGGUGAGGGGCCACACACUACUGGGGGUGAGGGUGAGGAUGGGACGGUUCUCCUCUUUUGAGGAGUGGAAUGGUGUUCAGCGGAGAGGAUGAGGGCUGGUGAUGAUGGGAUGGAGGUUUCUUGCAAUGUGGAUAAGCACUGAUGAAGACAAAGAUGGCCGCCGGUAAUGACAACGCG